AUGCUGCUGCUGGCAGAAUGGCUGCUGUGCCACUCCUUGGUGGCAUGCCUGCUGCUGCAUAGCCUGGCACUCAGCUCCACCACCGCGGGCCUCCACGGGGCGAACACCGGCUGCUCCGAGAGCUGCUACUGCUCCGAGUCGGCAGACGGCGGGAGGGUGGUGCGCUGCAGCAACAUGCGCCUGGCGGAGGUGCCGCAUGACCUGCCUAACGACACCCGCCGACUUUACCUGGACGGUAACCUCCUCACCACCAUCCCCGCCAACGCCUUUGCGGGGCUUCCUUUGCUCAACGAGCUGGACCUCUCCCACAAUGAGCUAACUCAGAUGGAACCGGGGGCCUUCCGGGGUCUGGUCCCCUCUCUCAGGAGCCUGGAUCUGUCCUCUAACAGACUGACCACCCUGGAGCCAGAGGUCCUGGGGGGCCUGAGGGCCCAGGCCAACCUCACCCACAACCCCUGGCACUGUGACUGCCGCCUCCAGGUGGCUAUGCCCCGGCUGGACCUGGAACCGGCCUCACUGGCUGGCGUGGUGUGCCACACUUCGGAGCCCAAGGACAUCGGCAUAGAUACAGGGGUGCCCUUCGUCAUGGUGGCGGCCGACCUGGACCUGUGCGCAGGGCUCAAGAGGACCACGGACGUGGCCAUGCUGGUGACCAUGUUCGGCUGGUUCGCCAUGGUCAUCUCCUACCUGGUGUAUUACGUCAGGCACAACCAGGAAGACGCACGGAGACACCUGGAGUACCUCAAGUCCCUUCCCAGCAAACUGGACAGACCAGAGGAGUCCUCUACACUCAGCACAGUGGUGUGA